CGUUUGCCAAUUGUCGAGUAAAAUAUAACAUAGACCUUUAUUCCAUUCAGCUGUCCACAGUGUCAGCACCAUAGACGUCAGCACACUAUUGCGGCAUGUUGACCAGCGGAAAUGCGUCACUAUAAAACUCCCCACGUGACUACUGAGGUACACUGGGAGGAGACUUACAGUUACACUGAUUUCAGUCACAGCCUCCCGGUUUAUCUGCGCCUCGACUCCGGCAUCAGUAGCAUCUGCCAGCUAUCUAGUUAAACCAUGAAGAUCUGGGUAUCAGAGCACAUCUUUAACCAUCCUUGGGAGACGGUGACCAAGGCUGCUAUGCAGAAGUAUCCCAACCCCAUGAACCCCAGUGUGAUCGGAGUGGAUGUUUUGGACCGAGGCAUCGAUAAACAGGGACGCCUCCACAGUAAAAGACUGCUUAGCACAGAGUGGGGUCUUCCAUCUAUAGUCAAAUCUAUCAUUGGUAACGCUCGAACGUACACGUAUGUUCAGGAGCACACGGUUGUGGAUCCCAAAGAGAAGAUUUUUGAACUUCAAUCCUCAAAUAUCACUUUCACGAACAUGGUGUCUGUGGAUGAAAAGUUGACAUACAAACCACAUCCUGAGGAUAAAGACAAGACAAUACUGACCCAGGAGGCGAUCAUCUCUGUAAAAGGAGUUAGUCUCAGCAGUUACUUGGAGGGAGUUCUGGCGAGCACCAUCUCUGUUAACGCUGGAAAGGGCCGGGAAGCCAUGGAGUGGGUCAUCAGGCGCCUAAAUGCAGAGAUUGAAGAGCUGGCAGCCACAGCACGUGGGACCAUGCGGACCCCCAUGGCCGCUGCAGUCACUGAGAAAUGACACCUACCUUUCUAUUGCAGCAGAGUCUGAGAGAAACUUCACGACAGUCCAACCAGCCUCUCUUUAUGAUGCCGUUUUGGUGCUCUGGAUCUCAUAUACUUUACUAUCUACAUUAGAUUAACUGAAGUUUAAACACCACUGUUAUCUGUGGGUUUGGAAACUUGUAGCAAAGAGGUAUUCAAGGCACUGGAUGAAUGGAAAACACAAGAAAAGUGCCAAAGCAGACACCACGCUUUUAGUCCUGCACCCUUUGCCAGCUGUGUUUUCAUCUUGCAAAUGACCUCAGAAGUGUCCUCUGGCAUUAACUCUCUUAUUACAGUGACAGAGUCAAGUUAUGGUGAGAUGGAUAGGUGUUACUGUUGAGACAAAGUGGCAGAAAACAAUGUGUGGUUUAGGCAGGAGUCAAGUGUAAUGGGGUACAUGGAAGAGGUUUCAGGUGUCAAGAUUGUAAAUGGUUUAGUGAACAUCAACAGUGACACGCCAAUAAAAUGUUUCAAUGUCAGGUUUAGUUCUGUUGAGGAGCCAUCGCCUCAAACUACAUUUUGUACCGGGACCUCAGUUAAAACAAGACACUGCACCAGGCAAAGUACUGUAUGUAAGCCUGAAUACAAACUGUAUUUUGUAAUUAUGUGAUAGCUAAUAUUGUUGGUAUUUAAGUGAAAUGAAGGAUCAAUAUAUUUACCAUAUUUAUGUUUUUAAGUAAUGGAAAAGACCUUCUCAAAUGCUACGUUAGUAUAACUUUGAUAUAAAUCAGUCUGAUGUGUGGACUGAUUUAUAUCGAAGUAAUACACUUUUAGUUGCAUACUGUGCCUGCACAUGUUAACUAAACUCCAACAGUUUUAUUAAUACACAUGAGACGGUUCUUAAUAACACAGAACUCUCCGCACGUCCUGUCAGUGUGAAGGCUGAAACCAUGGAUUUUACUCUUACGCACACUUACAAAACAGUUAUUGUAACAAAGAAAAGCUGCCACAAAUGCAGAUGAUGCUGAUAAUCUGUGAAUGUUUUGGUAUUCCUGUUUGAGAGACAAUUGGCAUUUGAGAAGGUCUUUCUAAAUGUGAUGUGACAGCAGUGUGGUGAUGAAGAAAGAUUUAGUUUCUUUAAUAUAUAUAUAUAUUCUUCCUGUAACAGGAAUAUUUAUUGAAAGAAGUAGUGAGUUGAAAAAAUCUCAUAUCACAUGCUUAGUUAGGAAUUGUAAUUUUUGGAUUUUGUCUAGGUGCCCUAAAAAAGAAAAAUGGUUUUACCAACUGCAGAAUGUGGCAAUAAAAUGAAAAUAUUUUAACCUGUUUAAUAGAAGAUCUUUGUCAGUAAUUCUUCAAAUUUGCUCCUACAAUAAAAAGGCCUGGUUACU